UCGAAUAAUAAUAUUUUAAAUGAGCAAUUAUCUAAGAAAAAGAAGAAACAGAAAACAUAUGAUACUGAUGUACAAAUGAGAAAGCCAAUAGUGGACAAUGUUAUCGAAACAAUAUCAAAAAGUCAUGAUGAAAAAAUAUAUAAUAAAUUAAAAAAGAAAAAAAAAUAGAAAGCGCGGUUAACGAUAUUUCAAAUAUUACAAAUAUUACAAAUAUAAAAGAAAUGACUAAAAUAAAACAGAAAAAACUCUCAGAUAUGUUGAAUGAUGUUUCAAAUGAGCAAUUAUUGAUUAAGGAAAAAAAGAGAAAACAAAAAUUAUUAAAAGAUGUUACUUCUCAAGAUAAAGAAGAAAUUUUAGAGAAAAUACCACAGAAAAAACAAAGAUUAUUAGAAAAUGCUUUGACAUAUAACAUGAUACAAAAAAGAAAAUAUUUAGAAACUGAUGAAUUUAAUGCUAAUAAAAAAAGAAAAAUACUUGUAGAACAAGAUUUUAGUUUACCAAGUAAUUCUGGAAGUACGACUCACUUUGAUGUCGCUGAUAUUCAAAAAAUUAGAAAGAAAAAAAAAAUUUCAUUUCGAAAUAAAAUCUUAGGUAGGAAUUUUCGAUAACUUGUUUAUUUACUGAAGUAUUUAAAAAAACAAAAGGCAAAGUUUUUUGUUAAUUACAUAUUUUAUUAAAUUCAUUGCAUGGAUUCAUAAUAUAAUAUAAUAAUUUUUUUUAUAAAUUUUAAAAUAUUAUCUUUUAAAUUAGAAUAAUUAAAAAAAUAAUUUGUUUUUAUUAUUUACUUAUAAAAAUGAUAAAAAUAUAUAACAUAUCAUGUGUUAAUUUCAUAAUUAAUAUAACUGUUUACCUUUCUAAAAUCA